AUGUUCCUGUGUAAAUCAGUAUUGUGCGCGAUGGCUCUCUUUUUAUCAACCAGCUGUGAUGCCUCCGUUAAAGAUGCAGACUCAAUUAUUAAAAUCCCAGAUGAGUGUAAAGGUCAGCAUUUAUGUACCAUCAAACCAGAGGGAUACCACCACCUGGAAGCCAAGAUUGAAAGUUGGCUCCCCAAAUAUCUCGUGAAGAAUGCCGGUAAUGUUACUAAGAUGGAUCUGCAGCCAAGAAUAGGAGAAAUCGAGAAACAUAGUCAUAACUGCCAGGAAGAAAUGGAACAAGGUUUCACGUACACAUAUUUCUAUAAUGAAUCAAACCUAAGCAAUUACGAAAUCCUGGUCCAAAAUGAAAAAUUCAUACAAAACAUUGAAGUAGUUAAAUGCCGAAAACUGCAACCACCUUUAAGCGCCGACAGCAAUGAGCAAUGCUUUCAGCAUUUGGGCAUCAAGACUAACGACUUGAAAUCUAUAUGCCAGACUAUUUGGGCGACACGUCCUUUGUUUGUCUUCAACAAGAAUAGAACAGGAAUUAUUGAAAAACUUUUAAGAAUACCAGUCACGUGUAGCUGCAUGGUUUCUUAUCAUUGA